CUUGUUUGCAGGUGCAUCUCCGGCUUUGUAGGUGCGAACGCCUUUGUGCAGCGGACAAAUGGGGAGAGGAGGAGGAGGAGGUGGGUACUUCUGCGACGUAAGAUCCACAUCAGCUCAACUCCACUCACAUCCCAGCUGCACUUCCUCACUUUCUCAACUGUCUCGCCCCACACCGCUCCCUGCCUCCUUUUUGGCUGGUUAUAGAGCAGAAUUCAGCAACCCCCGCCCCUCCUGAGAGCUGGCUUCCUGCUAGGUCGGGCUUUCGGGCUCUUUUCCUACUGCCCGUCGCUCGCUCGCAAGAAGGCUGGAUGGUUACACCGGGCAGGUUGGCUCCAUAAUGUUAGGGACUGUGAAAAUGGAAGGGCAUGAAACCAGCGACUGGAACAGCUACUACGCCGACACUCAGGAGGCCUACUCCUCGGUACCCGUGAGCAACAUGAACUCGGGGCUGGGCUCCAUGAACACCAUGAACACCUACAUGACCAUGAACACCAUGACGACAAGCGGCAACAUGACCUCCAGCUCCUUCAACAUGUCCUACGCCAACACGGGGCUAGGGGCUGGGCUGAGUCCCGGCGCCGUGGCCGGCAUGCCGGCAGGCUCGGCGGGGCCCGUGAACGGCAUGCCGGCCGGUGUGGCCGCCAUGGGCACGGCGCUGAGCCCCGGCGGCAUCAACGCCAUGUCUGCCCAGCCGGCCCCCAUGAACGGGCUGAGCCCCUACGGCGGCAUGAACCCCUGCAUGAGCCCCAUGGCCUACACCCCGUCCAACCUCGGCAGGACACGGGACGCUAAGUCCUUCAAGCGGACCUACCCCCACGCCAAGCCGCCCUACUCCUACAUCUCCCUCAUCACCAUGGCCAUCCAGCAGGCACCCAGCAAGAUGCUGACGCUCAGUGAGAUCUACCAGUGGAUCAUGGACCUUUUCCCCUACUACCGGCAGAACCAGCAGCGCUGGCAGAACAGCAUCCGCCACUCGCUCUCCUUCAAUGACUGUUUCGUCAAGGUGGCCCGCUCCCCCGACAAGCCCGGCAAGGGCUCCUAUUGGACCCUGCACCCCGACUCGGGCAACAUGUUUGAAAAUGGCUGUUACCUCCGCCGGCAAAAGCGCUUCAAGUGUGAGAAGCCGGCCAACAGUAAAGCCACUCAGGAGGGUAGGAAAGAUCAGGCCGGGGCCUCUAGCUCAAGCUCCAACUCCCCCCUGCACAGAGGCCACAAUAAACCUGCGCAGCUGGACACGGCCACCUCUCUCUCCAGCUCCAACCCGUCCACCAGCCCCCAGUCUAUGGACCACAGUGGAUCAAGCACGGAGCUAAAGACCUCGGCCUCGGCUGCCUCCUCCACCAUCAGCUCUGUACCCACCCUGGCCUCUGUCCCACACCCCCCUCACUCAUUAGCCCACGAACCCCAGCUCCACCUCAAGGGUGAUCCCCACUACUCCUUCAACCACCCGUUUUCCAUCAACAACCUCAUGUCCUCCUCGGAGCAGCAGCACAAGUUGGACUUCAAAGCCUAUGAGCAGGCGCUGCAAUAUUCCUCUUACGGGGCCAGCAUCCCCGGCGGGCUGCCCCUGGGCAGCGCCUCCAUGGCUGGCCGGAGCAGCAUCGAGCCCUCGGCCCUAGAGCCCUCCUACUACCAAGGUGUGUAUUCCAGACCCGUGCUAAACACCUCCUAGCUGUGCAACCCCCGCCGCCGGGGCCGAGACCCCUCCUCCCCGUCCUGGCUUCUCUCCCCGCUUUCCCUGAGACAGACCAAGGUGUUUCCGCACGCUGCGUGCAAAGGACUGUUACUUUUUAAUUGUCGCGCAAAGCGUUGUGUGUUGUUACGAUCCACCACGACCUCCUGCAAAGCCGGCCGCGUCCCGCUUGUACAUACUCUCUCCGGCCCCUGCCGCUCAGCCCCUCUCCCCGGAGACCUCCCCAGCCUAUGCAGGGUGUUAUUAAAAGGAAGAAAAAAAUGUUGAGCGUGUAAACUACUUGUUUGUGCUUUCCACCCCAUCGUCUCCCUCCCUUAUGUGUUCUAUAAUCUCAUGUAAGUUUACAGGUAUGUGGCAAUACUUUAACAAUACGGAGAUGAAGAAGCGAGUAGACAUUUAAGACUUUUUUUUUUUUUUUUUUUUUUUUAAUUAAAAAGGCUUUGAAGGACAAUACUGCUGUGAAGUAGCAAAACACUAAGAGAAUCUCUAAGCAACAAGAGAACUAUUUACUUUCCCGGAUCAUCCUUUUGAUACUUGUAAAAUAAACCUUCGGCUAUUACAACCCGCAUAAAAUCCAGAUGUUACGGGCCGGAUCCUGCACUCCCGAGGGGACCAACUGGAGCUUUGGAGUGCAGGAUGCGACCCUUAUCUUUUUCCAAGUGUUACCUGUUUUGGGAUGUAAUAUAAAGUUACAAGAGGUCACAGCCAGUUGGAUUUUUUUUUUUCCUUCCCAUCUGUUACUGAAGAUUCUAGUUCAUCAGGAACGCUCAUCAACACGUGGAUGACAUUCUUAUUUAAUUUGUCUUCAUUGUGUACCAGCUAGAACUGUGUAUCUAUAACUAGGUUAUUCCCCCCCUUCCCCUAGGAAACAUUGACUACUACACUGAUGCAAGGAAAAGAAGACAGCUCUGUCUCUCCCUCUUUUUCAAACUUGUCUAAUAAUUUUUCUUUAUUUUUGUGGCCGUUUAAUUAUCUCCAUCGUUAGGUUAUUUCAUCCAGUGUUAUUGCACUUUCCACAGUUUUACACGGUGUUAGCAUAGCCAGACGGGUUUUAUUAUUAUUCCUGUUCGCUGUUUCAAUGUUCUUAAUUUAUUGCAUGGUUUAUAUUGUUUUCUUUCUUUACAGCUGGAAAUUGCUUUAAAUGACCGUAAAAAAAUAAUUACACGUGAAUUUAAGAAAUUUUGUUAAUUUUAUAAAUGUGAUUGUAAUUGAAAAAAAUAUUUUGAUUUAAAACGAUAACUGAGAAUUUAA